CAGACUUAUCGAAGAAUCGUUUCUCUGAAGUCCCCGGAGAGCUGUGUCAGCUGGUGUCCCUGGAAUCCCUGAACCUCUAUCACAACUGCCUACGUACCCUUCCCGCGUGCAUCUCUCCAACCUACAGGCCCUCACCUACCUGAACAUAAGCCGAAACCUCCUCACCUGUCUACCCCCCUACCUCUGUCGUCUUCCUCUCACCGUCCUCAUCGCCAGUAAUAACAAGCUGAACACCAUUCCAGAGGAGGUGGGCGCCAUGACCAACCUGCGGCAGCUGGAUAUCAGCUGUAACGAGAUUCAGUCUCUGCCGCCACAGAUGGGAUCGAUGGAAUCUCUGCGAGAAUUGAACGUCCGCAGGAAUCAGCUGACCUCUCUGCCGGAAGAACUCUCUGAGCUUCCUCUGAUCCGUCUAGACAUCUCCUGCAACCGCAUCUCCCACAUUCCUGUCUGUUACCGACACCUCCGACACCUUCAGACCAUCAUACUGGACAACAACCCCCUCCAAUACCCACCCGCACAGAUCUGCCUCAAAGGGAAGGUUCACAUAUUUAAGUACCUUAACAUUGAGGCUUGCAGUAAACCUGCACCGGAACUGGGAGAUCUGGGGAAACUGAGCCGCCCCACAAGUUUUACCACUUGCCUCACUGAUGAUGUGUAUUCCUCUAAGCCGUAUGGCUGCCUGGAUUCCGGCUUUAACAGUGUGGACAGUGGCAGCAAACGGUGGUCCGGGAAUGAGUCUGCAGAUGAACUGUCAGAUCUCUCCUUCAGAGUCGCCGGUUUGGGCCGAGACGCCAGGCUGCUCAGAGAGAAGGUGAAUGGAACAGACGCAGAUAACGAGCACCCGGACUUCAUAGACAGCAGUACCAACGAGGAAGAGGAGGAGGCCAAGUCUGACACCGGGCUGCAUAUGACUGUCACCCCCCAGGACAAGCGGGGAAGCCAGACUUGCACUCUACGCCAAGGGCAGAGGACAGGACCCUGGUUGGUGGGCCUUGUAUUGGUACCGGCUCCAUCGUCCUCCCCAGCUCCCAGCAUCUCCCCCCGUCAGGAUCGGGUCACAGAGGAGAGGCGGAGGCCCGGAGACCGCUGCUCCUAUGGAUGGGGGAACGGGAGAGAUUCCCAGCAGCUAUCAGCAGACUAGCAGGAGAGAGUCUGCGGAGGCCGUCUGGGGAUCAGAGGGAGAGCUUGUACAAAGCCGGGUCCUCCAGCCACUGCUCCAGCCCCCCAGAGCCAGAGUGAAGCAUGAACGGCUCCUCUGAGAACUGCGCCAGACUACGGAGUCAGGGAAGUCAAUCCAACGUGAUUAGCCCCAUCUCUCCGCCCUCGCAGCCCUCAGAUCCUCUGUCACCCAGAAACCCAGGAGUUUCCUCUUCGCCGGUCAUCCUCUCGCGGAGCUUGCGCUCAGCCAUUCAGGUUCGGACCUGAAGUUCAGGAGAGGGAUCCAGUCCUGUGUGGAUGCGCACACUUCCCGAGCUCGUCUGAUGAGAAUGCAGUUCAAGCACAACUACGCAAGGAUAUUGAGUCCCACCUCAACGUCACCUUGCAGGAUCCGCUCUGUGAGUCUCUUGCCAACGGCGUCAUCCUGUGCCAGCUGCUGAACCACCUGCGGCCGCGCUCCAUCCUGUUCAUCCACGUGCCUUCACCUGCUGUGCCUAAACUGAACCCUGUGAAAUGUCGCAAGAAUGUGGACAGCUUCCUGGAGGCUUGCCAGAGGCUGGGCGUCCCUGAGGAAGACCUCUGUUCUCCUCAUGACAUCCUGGACUGUGAUGGACUGGGCCGUCUACACGUUACUGUACAGUCACUCCUGCUGCGGAGAACCAUGUCCCCCCAAACCGUGA